GUGUGGCUGCUGGCUGAGCUGGAAAAAUCUCAGAGCGUGGCAGGAUCAACUGGUCAGACAAUAUUUAGCAGGUUCAGGAGCCUUCGAAGGAACUAAUCCAUUAUAAAGCAUAGGCUACACGUUUUGGCACAUUCGGUUCUUUAAAAGACAAAUAUAGUUAUUUACCAUUAAGCCAAUUACUCACGGCGGAGGGCUUUCUGUUUGCAGCUCUAUGUGGAGCCAACUUGAGGAAAGAAACAUUUGAAGAACAUCUGUCCAACGCUGUUUGUUAUUUAUCUGAAGUGGGAAUUAGAAAGUAGCAAUAUGCCAUUUUUAAUCACACUCUGUAUGUACUUUUUGGUGGUCCUGAAAUCAGUUAUGUCAAACACCAUCACCGAAGACAUAGAUGUUUUGGUAUUUUUGCCAAAAAAUAACUCCUACCUUUUUUCAACUGCAAGAGUCGCACCAGCGAUACUUUACGCACAACAAUGGCUGAAGAGAGACGGAGGAAAAUACUCCGGGUUCAGCUUCAACAUCCAGUUUGAGAACUCCGACUGUGUCAGUGAUGCUCUGUUUAUGUUAGCGGACAAGUCGUGUGCGCAGAAGCCGGAUCUGAUUCUGGGUCCGGUGUGCGAGUACGAGGCGGCAGCGGUGGUGAGGCUGGCAUCCCACUGGAACAUCCCGGUGAUCUCAGCAGGUGCCCUGGCCGCUGGCUUCAGCAACAAGAACACCGAAUUCUCCCACCUGACUCGAAUCGCACCGUCUUACGUGAAAAUGGCAGAGAUUUUCACCACAAUGUUUGAGCACUUCACCUGGAAGACAGCACUGCUGCUGUACGAGGACGACAAGGAAGAACGGAACUGUUACUUCACUUUGGAGGGAGUCUAUCAUCUCAUGGCUGACUAUAACAUUAAAACCUAUGCUUUUUCCCAAGAGGAUCGCGUGGACACUGACGACAUCUUUCAAAACGUCUAUGACAUUGAAGUGGUGAUCAUGUGCAUGGGAGCAGACAAAAUUCGAGAGAUCAUGCUGGCUGCACACAGACGACAUCUGACCAGUGGCAACUAUUUGUUCUUCAAUGUCGAACUCUUCAAUGCCUCUUCUUAUGGGAAUGGCUCAUGGAAGAGAGGAGAUAAAUAUGACAAUGAAGCACGGCAAGCCUAUGCUUCUCUGAACACGGUGACACUGCUCAGGACAGUCAAGCCCGAGUUUGAAAACUUCUCCAUGGAAAUGAAAAAGUCCAUUGAAAAAGCUGAACUUCAUGACUGCAAAGACUGCGAAAGUGUCAACAUGUUUGUUGAGGGAUUCCAUGAUGCCAUUUUGCUGUAUGCCAUCACCUUGCAUGAAGCCAUGAAAAAUGGAUACAGUAAGAAGAAUGGAAUGGAGAUCACCUUACAAAUGUGGAACAGAACAUUUGAAGGAAUUGCUGGCCAGGUAUCCAUGGAUGUCAAUGGUGACAGAAAUGGUGAUUUUUCUUUGAUGGCCAUGACCAACAUUGAGGCAGGAACCUAUGAGGUGGUUGCCAACUACUUUGGUGUGAAUGGAACUUUUCAGCUGCUGCCUGCCUUCAACAGUGACAGUUUCACUCUAAGAGGAAGACAUAAAGCACACACGGAGAUGUCAGACAAAUCAUGUGGAUUGGGAGUAUCAGCUUUGACUGGAGUCAUAGUGGGAGCUGUUCUGGGAACUGUAAUGCUUGUAACGUUCUACUUCUUCAGAAAAAACUACAGGAUUACUAUUGAGCGUCGCAUACAUAAUGAAGAGGAGGACACUAGGAAGCAUCGUCACUUACGAGAGGACUCCAUCAGAACAAACUUCUCAGCAGCAUAAUCUGAAGCAGUGGCAGUUCCUUCAUGGAGAUCACACAUCUGAAUGUAACCAAAGACUGAGAUAUUUUGUGUUGGUAUGCUUUAAUGUUUUGACUAAUUGUAACUCAGGAUAGUUCUAACAGUCACACAGCACCACUUGGAUGUUCCUCAUACAAAAUCACAAAUAGGUGUAAGAUUGUACUGAUGUAUAGAAAGUGUUGGCUAUAAUAUUUUUUAAAGGCAUAGUCAGUGAUUCUACCAGAGGAUUUUGAUUUUGAUCACCAUGUACACAAAUGCACAAGGAGCUUCAGAUAGGAACUUGUAACCACAUCAUUCACAUUUAAUAAGUGUGCAUUACCACAGCAAUGAUACCAAAGCAAACAUUAGAAUGCUAGCAAGUGGGGCACAGACAAUCUCCAGCUGCUCUAGCUGAAGUCAGAACAACCGCAUACAUUUGCAAAGUACCAUUUUAGUUGAAUGUCCCUGGAAAAGUUGAUUUAGCAAACAGGCUAAUGUGACACAGUUAAUGUCUAAUUUGCUAACAUAACAUUACAACAAAGAUUAGCUACCUAAUUGAACAUUUUCAUACUGACCAUAACAAUUUUCAGUGGCACAUAGCAAAUAAUUUACUGACCCAAAAAGAGAAACCUCCUCAUCCCUUUUAAAUUCCAGAGGUCUCCAACUUUGGAAAGUAGCACAUAGCUAUGUUUACAUGGGUCAACCUUCCCUGAUAAUAGUCCUUAUUCUUUUUUUUAAAUUGUUGUCCUCCUGCAUUGUUUAGUUGUAUAGGCUGUAAGUGGAAGCAGUGGAGCUGGUACAUUUUCAACCAUCUCUCCCUUUGUGUAAUGAAUUAGAACUGCUGACUAUAUCUUUAAGGUUUUUUGUAUCAUUUUCAAAUUGAGGUUUUCAUGGCUGUGAGUGAUUCAGAACAGCUUAUCUAACACUAUUUAGUAGGAUGGGUGAA